CACAACUCGAUUACUACUCCACGAGCGCAAGUGUUUGUCUUGUUCAGCCAUUGUUACCCUACCUGGCGCAUGCCACGCUCUCCGCAAAGAUAACAUUGACGCGGCCGUCUGAAGCCCUGUCAGAUCCAUCCCCACCAAUCAACUACAGCCCCAGGUUAUGAGAAAUACCAGCUGAAGCAACAAUGGCAUGCGUCCAGAGACCUCUAAUUAUCCAAUCGCAUAUUAUACGAUUAAGCUGUCCACGCACAGCUCGAAGAACAAGCAGCGGUUUGUUCUCGAGAGGGAGACUACACACCAGGACGGUUACGGAUAACGAUAUCUCGCGACUAGCAAGUCUCCCACUGCACCCGCUGACUCUUGCGGAUCUUGUGAAACACGGCAGACCGCCUCUCACGACGCAACAACUGCUCACCUCUGCCAAUUUCACCCUCUCCAUCCUGCCUGGGCGGCUCGCACAUCGCAUUCAAUCGCUGCGAAACCUGCCAUUCAUCGUCGUAUCAAAUCCACAUGUAUCGAAGAUACACUCCAACUACAUUCACAGUCUAUCGACGCUGUUGCCAUGGGCAGAGCAAGAGAUAACGACGUUGGAGGAAGAAGUCAAGUUCACCGAAGUCAUGGCUGACCUCGUACAAACACACGCGAACACGAUCAGCAUACUGGCAAGAGGGUUUUUGGAAGCUAGAAAAUACAUCAGCCCGAAAGACGUGACACGCUUUUUGGACGAACAUCUGCGGGCGAGAAUAGGCACGCGCCUGAUUGCAGAACAGCACCUCUCGCUGCACUUCUCGAGCCAGCCACACAACGAGAUCAUGCAUGAACAGGAGGGCAGUCCGGGCUUCAUUGGUGUUAUCGACACGGAUCUGAAGCCUGCGAGAAUUGUAGAUCAUUGCGCGAAUGUCGUAGGCGAGAUAUGCGAGCUAAAAUACGGCGUACGACCGCAUUUUGUGGUCAACGGAGAGCCUGACUACACAUUCGCACAUGUUCCCGUUCACCUGGAGUACAUCAUCACCGAGCUGCUCAAGAAUGCGUUCCGCGCAACAGUGGAAAGUGGCAUGGAGCGCGAGUCCAUCGAAAUCACCAUCGCCCCGCUACCCGAAACCCUGCUUCAAAGCGACGACCCUGAGGACAUGGAAACGGAUGUAAUCAGCAAUGUUGAUCAGGGAAACACCGAUGUAGCCUCGGAACACUUCACGGGCAAGAAGGGCACGACCGACUCGCAGAUUCGGCCGCUCAAACACAGCACACCAGGUGUGACGAUUCGCAUCAGGGACCGCGGAGGUGGUAUAUCGCCUGAGAACCUACAACAUAUAUGGGACUACAGUUUCACGACUUUCAACGAUGACCAGGCAUCGUCGACACUGUCAGGGCAAAGCUCGGGCGGGGGCAUGGACGUGCUGAACGUGAUGUCAGGACCGGGGGGAGAUGGAGGAAACAGCCUGGCGGGACUGGGUUAUGGGUUACCGCUGGGCAGGGCUUAUGCCGAGUACUUUGGGGGAGGUAUUGCGGUGCAGAGCCUGUGGGGGUGGGGCACAGAUGUGUAUCUGAGUCUUCGGGGAGUCGGGAAGGUGGAAGAAGGGAGAACUCAGAAUCGGCAGAGGAAGUGAGGUAGGUCGGCAGAGGCAGCAAGGCGAUAUUAGAAGUCGUCUAUUGUUAUAUACCCAGUGAUGGCGCCUUUACGGUACCAGACUCAUUCAUCC